AAAGCUAGGGAAUGUGUUUGCACAUCUUUUAAAAAGAUACUCACUAAAAUUUCAGAUAUUUUGGAUGCGCAGUUGUUUGACAAUCAUUUGAAUGAAUCGAUGUGAAUGUUUUGUGAAAAUUGAAAAAAUCGAGUAUCGAGCUGUCAUUAAAUAUUUGUUUUUUAAAAGCAAUACACCUACGAAAAUCAAAGACAAGUUGGACGUUAUAUAUGGAUUGAACUUUACAUCAUUAUUUACCACUGUGAAAUUUUGUGUAGCUGAAUUUAAACGUGGUUGUAACAGUUUACAAGACGAUGGACCUUUGGGACAUCCAAAAACUUCAACCAUUGACGAUAACAUCACUCAAGUUUACCAAAUGGUGCUAAACAAUUGUCGAAUUAAAAUCAAAGGGAUAGCAGAGACUAUGAAUAUGUCCAAAGAAUGUGUUUGUUAGAUAUUGAAUCAAGAUUUAGGCAUAAGAAAGCUGUGUUGGAUGCCGCGUUUGCUUACGUUAGAUCAAAAAGCGUUUUUGAAUAAACAUAUUCAACGUUCUGUUGAUUCAGUUUAGGCGUAAUAAAUCAGAAUUUUGACGUCAAUUAAUUACUGUAGAUGAUACUUGGAUACACCAUUAUAACCGAGAAAUAGAAAUACAAUCAAAACAAUGGAUUGCGAAGGGAGAAUCGGUUUCAAAAGAAGAAAAAACUGUUUUUUUCGGCUGAGAAAAUGAUGGCGACUGUUUUUUUGGGAUAGUCACAUGGAGUUAUCUUAAUAGAUUAGUUUCAAAAAGAUAAUAAUCAUUAUAGGAUCAUAUUACGUAUCAUUACUUGACAAGCUGAAGGUAAAAAUUACGGAAAAAUGGCCAUAUUUUUGAAGAAAAAAAAAUUGUCUUUCACCAAGAGUAUGUGUUGUUUCACAUCUUAGCAUUUGCCAUAGCAACAAAUCCACGAAUUACAGUUUGAAUUGUUUCACCAUUCUCCUUGCUCAUCAGAUCUAGUCCGCAAGUUUUUUUGUUGCCUAAAGUAAAAGCUGCGCUCAAAGGACAGAGAUUUUUGUUAAAUGAAAGAAGCCAUCACCUUCGUAAAUAAUUAUUUUGCAGAGAAAGACGCCAAGUACUAUUUGAACGGGUUAAAGAGAUGAGAGCGUCGUUGGGAAAAGUGUAUAGACUUACAAGGAGAGUAUGUAAAAAAAUAAAAAUAAAUUUAUAUAUAAAAAGAAAAAAAAAUGUCUUGUAUCUUCGUUAAGUCAGAAACUUUUCAAAUCACCCGCGUAUAUUAAAAAUAACAUUUAGAUCGGCAUCAUUAGCGUACAAAUUCUUAUUGGUAGUUGGUUAUUUUGUAUCGUAUAUUGACCAAUGAGAAAGAAUUACAUCCUAUGAGCAACCAAUAGUAUCAUUUUAUAACCCGUACAGCACGAAAUAUUUUCAUUAUUAGGUACGGAAUUAUUCUAAAAAAGAUUAAAACAAAAUUUCGAUUUGUACAUUUUAUUAAUAAUAAGAUUAAAAUUGUAACGAGUAAAAAAAGAAAUUAUUAUUUAUGAAAAUUGAACAAACGAGUUCGUCCUCUUAUGAAAUUUAUAAUCAAUGCUACUCCUAACCUCUUUCGAGGCAAAACGAAUGUAAGGUGGAAUCGUCGUACAUCCUUCAAUUUAUUUGUGAAAAAAUUUUUGAAGUGAAAAUCUUCUUUUAUAAAAGAAAAUUAAUUUAAUUAAUAUUUAAUUAAAUGAUACGGAGCAUAGGUCUCAAUUAAAAACUAUUAUAAUGCAUAUAAAACGUUUAUUGAGCGUUCGAACGUUUUUUCAAGUUUAUCACAGAAAGCGUAGUUCUAAUAAAAAUUAUAUACAUAAAGAAGGAGAGAAAAACAAGAUAGAUAAAAAUGUAUUAAAACUCAAAGAAAGGGGUAUGUACGAGGAUAUUUUUCCGAAUAAUUGUAACCAAGAAAUAACAGAUUUAUUAACUACAUCUCCACAAUGUGUUUACGCUGGAUUCGAUCCAACAGCCAACAGUUUACAUAUAGGAAAUUUGUUAAUAUUGAUGAAUCUUUUACAUUGGCAAAGAGCUGGACAUCAAGUAAUAGCUGUAUUAGGUGGAGGAACUGGUUUAAUAGGUGAUCCUAGUCAUAGAAAAUCUGAAAGAAUUGAAAUGGAAGAACUUCUCUUAAAAACCAACUUGGAAUCCAUUAAAGAAGACAUAGAAAAUAUAUUUAAUAAUCAUAAACAGUAUUUUUGGUCCGAUAAUACCAAAUUAUUGAAGCCAUUGAUCAUCUUAAAUAAUAUCAAUUGGUAUACGAAUAUUAAUAUCAUUCAGUUUGUAAGAAAAGUUGGAAAGUACUUUAGAUUGGGUACUAUGUUAGGACGGACAUCCGUUCAAUCACGUUUAAAUUCAGAAACAGGAAUGAGUUUUACAGAAUUUACUUAUCAAGUUUUUCAAGCAUACGAUUGGUUUCACUUAGCAAAUAAAUAUAAUUGUCUAUUUCAAAUUGGUGGAAGCGAUCAAAUGGGUAAUAUUAUGUCCGGAUACGAUUUAAUCACAAAAGCCACAAAUAAGACAGUUUAUGGUUUAACAUUGCCGCUUAUAACGGCAGAAGGUGGUAAAAAAUUUGGAAAAUCUACUGGCAAUGCGGUUUGGUUAUCUCCAUCAAAGUCCUCCAGUUUUCAGCUUUAUCAAUUCUUCAUUAGAACCAAAGACAAAGAUGUUGAAAAUCUAUUAAAACUCUUUACCUUUCUACCGCUCUAUAAAAUAGACGACAUUGUACAAGAGCAUUUGAAACAGCCAGAAGAUAGAUUUGCCCAAAAAAUUUUAGCUGAAGAAGUUACACUUCUUGUUCACGGAGAACUCGGCUUAAAGGCAGCCAAAGAAGCUUCAAUGGUGUUAUAUAAUAAGUCAAUCGAUACUUUAGUUAAGAUGAGUGCCGAUGAGAUAGCCAAUGUAUUUGAAGGAGCAACCGUUGUAGAUAUAUUAGGGGAACAAGGCUUGACGAUAUACGAAUUAGCAACACAAGUUAAAUGUUUCAAAAGUGAUCACGAUGCACGUAGAAUUAUAUCAGCAGGCGGUUUUUAUGUAAAUUAUGCAAAAGUUACAAACUUGAAUGAAGUUGUAGUUCCUGGUAUUCAUAUAUUAUCGAACAAUGUGACCCUAUUGAGGGUCGGUAAAAAAUCCUAUCACAUAGUACGAUGGGUCAAUACAUUAUAAUUGAUUUUUAAGUUUGUAUAGUUUUUUUCUUUUGUUUUUUUUUUUCUUCGAAUAAGGAUAUAUAUAUAUAUAUAUAUAUAUAUAUAUAUAUAUAUAAC